GCUCUAUAUCCGUUCCUUAACUUGGGUGAUGUGUAUAUAUUUUAAGUUCAUAGAUUAUUUGAAUUGUAACAAAUUUUCUGUUCAGGGUAUACCUGCAUCAUUAUUAAUGUAUGUUGAUAACUAAUAAUUAAAAAUUCAAGUUUUUAGUGAACACUUAAUACUAUCAGAAAUAUUAUGGAUUCCUUGCUUCGCAAUUUGCAUGAUUAAAUACUGAAAAAUGUAAAACAUUGUCAAAACAAUUAGUUGUACAAAAAAUCAUUAAUAGAUUUCAAAGUCCAACCCUCAGACCAUUUGUUACAAUUACUUUCCGUAAAUGUUAUUGAUGUGAUAGCAUUUAAACUAAUUUUAAAUAACAUCCAUUAUAAAAAGAAUUAAUAGUAUAUAUAAAAUAUUAUAUUAAGACUCAACAUCUACAUGACUAUGCUUCACAAUUAGGCUUAAUUUACAAGUUCCUGA